ACUGCAUUUGAUCUCUCUCACUACUUGACUACUUCUACUUCAAGUUUCUAGCUACUAUACUUUGUAAUUCUAAGCAGCAUGGAUUUCUUGACUUUCAACCAGGAGUACACUAGCACUAUCCAGGCAGAGAGAGUGUUCAAGGCUUUGAUUCUUGAUGCUCCUAACCUCAUUCCCAAGCUGAUGCCUCAGGCUAUUAAGAAAGUUCAACUUGUUGAAGGCAAUGGAGGCCCCGGAAGCAUUCAGGAGAUAACCAUUGCUGAAGGUGAUCAAAUCAAGCACUUAAAGCAUAGAAUUGAUGGAAUAGACCAGGAAAAGUUGACAUAUAGCUAUGCAGUGAUUGAGGGGGAUGCUCUACUGGAAAAAGUUGAUUCAAUUUCACAUGAGAUAAAGGUCGAGCCCACUGAAAAGGGAGGUUGUAAGGUCACUACUGUAAGCAAGUAUCAUCCUAAACCAGGUGUUGAGAUCAAAGAAGAUGAUUUCAAGGCUGCAAAGGAGCAAGGAUUGGCUCUUCUCAAGGUAGUAGACGCCCAUCUCAUCGCAAACCCACAAGCCUAUGCUUGAAGUGAGUUUUAUAGGGAACCUUUGCAUUACAUUAUAUUAUGAUGUACUCUAAAUUCAGCCUGUAGUCUACUUUGAAGCCAUAUAUGAUAUGGCUAAUAAUAAAAUUUAUAUGUACGAGUUAUUUU